CUGUGAUCUAUAAAAAUGGUGGCGGGGUAUAGUUUUCGGAUCUUUAAGGGUCACUUUGGGAAGCGAGGAGGCAAUUUAAAGUUUAUCCAUUACGUCUGGAUAACAGUCUUCUGUAUCUCUCUGCUAGCUUUACUCUUUAUUGAUGUAAUUGAAUUGUGGGUAACCUCACUAGGUAUGAGCAGAGCGAUAGGUCCUCACGGAGUAGUCCUUCCACACAGUAUACCCCCAACCCGCUCCGAAGAGUACUUGCUUAUGCCGAGCAUCCACGUCUGCCAGCGUGCCGAACCUUACCUCAUCAUUUUGGUGGCAACCGCACCUCACAACAGAAAGGCCCGCCAGGCCAUUCGUGACACCUGGGGUGGGGAAGUACAAGUCAGGGGUCACCAAGUCAUGACCCUCUUCAUUGUAGGUCAGCCAUCUGACCCAUUUAUUGGCAAAGAAUUAAUAGAAGAGUCGAAAGAGCGUGGGGACCUCAUACAGGGUCGCUUCAUUGACUCCUAUGGCAAUUUGACCCUGAAAACUCUGUCUAUGCUGGGCUGGGCACGUCGUUUCUGUCCACAGGCUCACUACCUGGCUAAGGUAGAUGAUGAUGUACUGUUCAACCCUAGUGCACUGCUGCAAUAUCUCAACCUCCGCUUUAAAACAGAAGAAAAUGACCUCACAGAACUUUAUCUGGGUCGGGUCCACAUGCAGGUAGCACCAGACCACAAUCCUGCCAGCAAACACUUCAUGUCAGAAACUGCAUACGCUGGAAUGGUCUUUCCUGAUUACUGCAGUGGAACAGCAUAUGUACUUUCUCGGGCAGCUUUGCUGAAACUGUCACUAACAGCGGUUUCCAUAUGUUUACCCAGACCAUUGCCCCCAGAGGAUGUGUUUGUAGGUAUUUGCGCUCACACAGCAGGCAUUACACCUACCCAUUCUCCACUCUUCUCUGGAAGUCUAGCUGUACCAUACAGUCGUUGUUGCUACCAAACGAUGGUGUCUGUCCACCAUACCAAGCCAGGGGACAUGGUGCACUACUGGAAGGAAGUGCACUCUACUGCCCCAUGUUCCUGGUUGGGUAUGCGGACAUCUUUUGGUGUCUGUAAAAUAAGAGCACUUCUUAGGACACUGUUGGGGAAGGACUCCUUAAAAUGAAGAUACAUUAAAUCUGAGAAACCUGUAGGAAAGUAAAGUAUUGUGAGAAAAAAAAAAAAAA